CUGGUCCUGUCCGCUCCGGUCAUGCUGGACCCCUCUAACGAUCCCUUAUUCACAACGUUGUUUCUUAUCAGUUCGCGAUUUCCAUUCCCCUCUGGUUCCCUGCACUAAUUCGGCUCUCUCCGAGUUUCGGGAUGUGUACGCGUGGUCCGUGCUCUCGUCGCGUAGAAUCUCCUUCGUAUUGUUAGUUAUGUUUUUUUCAAAAUUUAAGUUUUUAGACGACACGCUGAUUGGAUUAAGCGAUUCCUCCCUUCGAAAUUCAAUUUAGUGCUUACAUCCGUCCUGGUCAAAAGAGUGGGAUUUAAAGAGAAGUGGUCAUUAUUUACUCUCACCUAUUUUGACUUUGAUGGAUCCUGAAACCCUGCUCGUUGAGGAGUAGUGAUGGAUUAUAGACUUUCAAAGGUGCCGAUGUUAAUGAGGGACCCCAUCAACGAAACCUGUAAUCAUGUAUCAACACAA